AUGACUUUUCCAAGAUCACACUUUCAAGGAACUCAUGACAAUGAAGUCGGUCCAAGUAGAAUUACACAUGUUAAUGAUGUUGCACUUGAUCGUAAUUGUACAUCACCUAAUCAACAAAACAUCACGAGUCAAUCCGAUACAGAUGAUAUGGAUGUUGAUGAAGCUUUAGAGGAUGCAGUAAUAUCAUAUGUUAACAUGGAUGCCAGAGAAAAUGGUGUAUUAUCACGUCGUCCUCAAGAAUCAGGACAUGCUUUUCGAGCAAAGCACAAUAUUGCUCGAAAUUUCAAAAAUAAUAUGAUGAUGGCAAAAGCCCGGUUGCCUCAUCCAUUUACCUGUAGACACUGCAAUGCAAGAUUGUUUCAUCAUGAAUCACGUGAUACGUGUUGUAAUGGUGGAAAGGUAUCAUUCUCACGAGUUGAUGCUCCUAUAGUAUUGCAACAAUUAUUUUUGGAUGGUUCAGCUGAAGGAAAACAUUUUAGGCAACAUAUUCGAAGUUAUAACCAUGUGGUUUCAUUCACUUCAAUUGGUGUUCAUGUUGAUGAGAAUAUUCUUGCAUCUGGUCGUGGUAUAUACACAUUUCGUGCUCAAUGUGCUUUUUACCAUAACAUAGGAGGUUUCUAUCCAAAUGAGGGUGUCAGACCGCGUUUCUUACAACUAUACAUCUACGACACCGAUAACGAGCUACAUAAUAGAAUGCAGGAAAAUCCACAGCUGCACCAAAAUGUAGUUCACAAAUUACAGAAAAUGCUCCAUCAGUUUAAUCCUUUUGUAAUUAGGUUCAAGCAACUUUCAAUACUUCCAAAUAUCAGUGAAUGUAGCCUCAUACUUAAAGAGCGUCCACGUAAUCACCAUCAAUACAAUCUUCCAACUGCUGAACAAGUUGCGGCAAUUAUUGUUGGAUGUGAUGCAGAUUCUAUGGAUUAUGGAAGGGAUAUUAAUGUCAUUCGUUAUGAUGGAAAUCUCAAGAAAGUUCAAGAGACAAAGGGAUAUUAUGAUCCUUUGCAAUACCCUGUAUUGUUUCCAUUUGGGACGCAUGGUUGGGACAUCAACACAACAAAUUGCAAUGGACGAAGAGUGUCAUGUCGAGCAUAUUACAGUUACAUGCUUCAGAUUCGCCCAAAUGAUCAAUCAAUGUUGUUAAAUGCGGGUCAACUGUUGCAACAAUAUGUUGUAGACAAUUAUGUCAAAAUUGAAUCAGGGAGAUUAAGGUGGAUUAAAGAGCACCAAAGUGAUAUACGUUCUGAAUUGUACCAAGGUUUACAUGAUGCUUUGCAUGUUGGUGAAACUAAUGCAGAGAACAUUGGAAAAAGAACAAUAUUGCCAUCAUCAUUUAUUGGCAGUCGUCGAGACAUGACACAACGUUAUGAAGAUGGCAUGGCUAUUGUUCUUAAUGGCGGUAAACCAGAUAUUUUUCUAACAAUGACAUGCAAUCCUUCUUGGAGUGAGAUAACAUCAGAACUUUUGCCUUUUCAAACACCACAAGAUCGUCCAGAUUUGCUAACAAGAAUAUUUCGUUCGAAAUUUGAGAAAUUGAAGGAUGAUGUUAUUAAUAAAGGAGUCUUGGGUAAAGUUAAAAGCUACAUGUAUGUCACUGAAUUUCAAAAGCGAGGACUGCCGCAUGUGUAUAUGUUAUUGGUCUUAGAAAGUAACGAUAAGUUGCGUGACCCAAAAGAUUAUGAUAGUAUGGUAAGAGCAGAAAUACCUAAAUUAGAAUGUGAACCACAGUUGCAUGAAGCUGUUGUAAGACAUAUGAUCCACGGACCUUGCGGCAUAAUCAACCGAAAGUUUCCAUGUAUGAAAGACGGACAUUGUAAAAAAAGGUAUCCCAAACAGUUCUUGGAUGAAACACGUCAAGGCACUGACUCAUAUCCCGAGUAUAGGAGAAGGUUUGAUGAGUCUGUAUCGUUAGGUAAAGAUAGGUCUGUCGAUAAUAGAUGGGUGGUUCCUUAUAACCCUUGGUUACUGUUAAAGUAUGAUUGUCACAUCAAUGUAGAGAUUUGCAGUAGCAUUAAAAGUAUCAAGUAUCUAUACAAAUAUGUGUACAAGGGCCCUGAUCGUGUGGCUAUGGAGGUUCAUAAAGGAUCAUACAUGGAUGAAGUUCAGCAAUAUGUUGAUGCAAGAUGGAUUUGUGCUCCCGAGGCAUUAUGGAAAAUAUUUCGAUUCACUCUUUACCGAUUAUAUCCUUCAGUUGAAAGAUUGCAGAUCCACUUGCCGAACCGCCAUCAAGUGCGGUUUUAUGAUCAUCAGCAAAUUGCAGAUGUGUUAAAUAAUGAACGCAACUCCAAAACAAUGCUCACACAAUUCUUUGCAUUGAAUCUAUGA